GGAAACAGCAGCCGGAAGUAGUCACAGAUGCAGGAAACGGUCGCUGCAGUGAGGGUGCUGUAAACUGUGCUGAUAGACCCAGCGUUCCUUUUUGCCUCAGGCCACCACCAUGUCCCGUGCCCGUCAACCCCCGCUGGUCACGGGCAUUUCGCCCAAGGAGGGUGCAGCCUGGACCAAAGUCACCAUCCGUGGAGAAAACCUAGGCACAGGCCCAGCUGACCUCAUUGGUCUGUCGAUCUGCGGCCAUAACUGCCUGCUGACAGCUGAGUGGAUGUCAGCCAGCAAAAUAGUGUGCCGCGUGGGUCCUGCCAAAGAUGACAAGGGAGAAAUCAUUGUCACCACCAAGUCUGGAGGUCUGGGCACCUCCACGGUCUCAUUCAAGCUGAUCAGGCCAGAGAGGAUUGGUAUCCUGGACCAGUCUGCGGUGUGGGUAGAUGAAAUGAACUACUACGACAUGAGGACAAACCGCAACAAAGGAAUAUCCCCGCUCUCCCUGCGUCCCAGCAAUCCACUGGGCAUCGAAAUAGACAAAGGUAAAAUCCCACAGAAAGACAUGGAGCUGACAUUUCCGGGAAUGAGUGGAGACUUCACCAGUGAGAACUUCUCUGCCACCUGGUAUCUCAUAGAAAACCAUGCAGGCUCCAGUUUUGAGCAGCUGAAGAUUGCAGCCAGUAAUCUGAAGAAGCAGGCUACCAAGAAGAAUGAGGGGAGUCUGGCUUAUGUAAAGGGAGGCCUCAGUACAUUUUUUGAGGCUCAAGACGCUCUGUCAGCUAUUCACCAGCGGUUAGAAUCUGAUGGCACAGAGAAGGUGGAGGGAUCGAUGACCCAGCGACUGGAAAACAUCCUCAACAGAGCGAGUGAUACCGCAGAUACUCUCUUCCAGGAGGUCUUGGGGCGGAAAGACAAAGCUGACUCCACACGCAAUGCACUCAACGUCCUCCAACGUUUCAAGUUUCUCUUCAACCUGCCACUCAACAUUGAACGCAAUAUCCAGAAGGGAGAUUAUGAUGUGGUGAUCAAUGACUAUGAGAAAGCCAAAUCUCUUUUUGGCAAUACAGAGGUCCCUGUUUUCAAAAAAGUGUAUGCUGAAGUUGAGACAAGGAUUGGAGCACUGAGGAGUCUGUUGUUGGAGAAACUGCUGCAAACACCAUCAACACUCCAUGACCAGAAAAGAUACAUCAGAUACCUGUCUGACCUGCAUGCUCCCGGUGACCCAGCAUGGCAGUGCAUCUACGCUCAACACAAGUGGAUCUUGCAGCUGAUGCAAAACUGCAGAGAUGAGUUCAUCAGUGGCCAAAGAGUGGGUGCGGGAGUUCUGGACCUGGAGGGGGAUACCCGUCCAUCAGCCCUUGGCAGGCUCAGCCACACUGCAUCUCUGAAGAGAGGGGGCAGUCUCCGAACGCCACGACCUAGUACCUGGCGCUUUGAAACUCCACAGCAGGUGCAGUUUGUGGAGAAGCUUUCAGAUGUGGUGAUCGGUCAGCUGCCCAACUUCUGGAAGCUUUGGAUCUCUUAUGUUAAUGGGAGUCUUUUUAGUGAGACUGGAGAGAAAUCUGGGCAGGUGGAAAAAUCCAAGAAGAAUGCCAGACAGAGACAGAAUGACUUUAAAAAAAUGAUUGAGGAGUUGACCAAUCGACUUGUUAAGCUGAUUCGAGGGGCUCUUCUCCCCACCACCCUGCCACAAGGGGAGCUGAGUCUUUACGGAGGCUGGGAGAACAAGACGGAGUUGACUGGAGCCUGGCUCACACAAAUCAUACACACUGUCAGGGGUUGUCAUGACGCUCUGUCUGCUCUGGAGAUUCCAAACGAUUUGCUGCAGGUGAUCCAGGAUCUGCUGCUGGAGUUGAGAGUUCACUGCCUCAUGGUGACUCUGCUGCAUACGACUGAAGAUGUCAAGAGGCUCGCUGAGAAGGAAGACUGGGUUGUUGAUAAUGAGGGAAUCACCAGCCUGCCUUCACAGUUUGAACAGUGCAUGGUCCAGAUGCUGCAAUCACUCAAAGAGCCUCUGGAAAUCAAACCGGGAGAAAUCAAUGUGUUGCAGUUGGACCAGGUCCAGGACCAGGCUGCAGAGCUCAGUGUUAGCAUCAUGAAGGUUUUCAUAAACUGUUUGGACCAGCUGAGCACUAAGACAGAUGAAGACAUGGACACAUCUCACAAUAUUUCAGUAGACCUGACCUCUCCUGAUCGCUUUUCUGGCAUUCAAGAAGGCUUCAGUCCAACAUCUGAACAGCGUCUACUAAUCAUCCUCAGUAACUGCCAGUACCUGGAGAGACACACCUUCCUGAACCUGGCUGAUCACUUUGAGAAACAUGGCUUCACGGGGACAGAGAAGAUCACACGGGUGAGUGUGGAUGCUGUACGGGAGCUGGAUAGAAAACUGUUUGAUGCCUACAUUGAGAGAAGAGCUGACCCAAUUGCAGGCUCUCUGGAGCCCGGCAUCUACGCUGGAUAUUUUGACUGGAGAGACUGCCAAACACCUACAGGUGUAAGGAACUACCUGAAGGAAGCUCUGGUCAACAUCAUCACGGUUCAUGCCGAGGUCUUCACAGUCUCUAAGGAUCUGGUACCUCGAGUUUUGUCUAAAAUCGUUGAGUCAGUUGCGGACGAGAUGUGCCGUCUCAUGCAAUGUGUGUCAUCCUUCAGUAAAAACGGAGCCCUGCAGGCUCGACUUGAACUCUGUGCUCUGAGAGACGCUGUGGCCACAUACUUAAACACUGAUAGCAAUUCCAGCUUCAAACUGGCUUUGGAUGCUCUGCCUCAGUUACACAGUGGAGCUGAUAAGAAGUUACUAGAAGAGCUGCUGAAUAAGUUUAAGAGCAGCAUGCAGCUCCAGCUCACCUGCUUCCAGCCCUCUUCCAUCCAGCCUGUGAAGAGAUAAUUCUCAAUCCACUCUACCCCUAUUCUGCGCUGUCUUUCAUCCUUAUCUAUGUGCAAUCAGCUAAUGAACUUUACCUAUAUCUUUUCAGUUAUCACUUUAUUGUUUACUCAUCACUAUUUCGGUGUCACUUUCAAUUUCUGCUUUACUCGAUUGAACACAAAUGUCUGUUCAUCUAAUCUUGAAGACACUAAAUGAGUUGAUUUCACUGUUACUGUGCAGGACAGUCCCAGUUCUGUUGGUUAUGCUAAUCAUGUACGGCCACUCACGUAGCUAACAGGCGGUGUGCAAGAGGCUAACUUGCUAGUUCACUGGAAGUUCUGGAUCAGUUGAGGAAUGUAGGCUGCAACCAAGCUGUAGUCAGACUGAAAUGUGUUAUAAGCACUUCCUAAAGAUGAAAAGUUGCUGUUCGUUCUUUGCUGUACUUUGCCAUAUUCACUGUCCAAUAAAAUGCGACAACUUA